AGGGAUGAAUUUGGGGCGGGUGGUGAAACUGGUGUGUGGGGUGGCCGGAGGGUCGGCGGUGCUGGUGUGGGGGGGAGGAUUAUUACCGGACCAGCAGAAGGAGGGUCUGAGGAUCAAACCUACAGUGCUGCAUGCUGCCACACCCUCAUACACCUCCAGCAGCUGGGAUUCGAACUGGGAUAAGCGUGAGCCGACCUCCAUGAUCAAACGGAGAGGGAGCACGGGCGAGGAGAACGGCUCGGACGUGGAGAGCACCAAACCCACGGCGACCCGCCACAUCUUCCUCAUCCGACACUCCCAGUACAACCUGAGCGGCAACGGAGACCACGAGAAGAUCCUCACCCCGCUAGGCCGUGAGCAGGCGGAGUUUACAGGUCAGAGGUUGGCGGCUCUCGGGCUGAAGUACGGCGUUCUGAUUCACUCCAGCAUGUCCAGAGCUAAAGAGUCCGCCAACAUCAUCAGCAAACAUCUACCAGGGGUGGAGAUGGUGAGCUGUGAUCUGCUGAGAGAGGGAGCUCCUAUAGAACCUGUUCCUCCUGUCGGCCACUGGAAACCUGAAGCUGUGCAGUACCACGAGGACGGCGCUCGGAUCGAGGCAGCGUUCCGCCGCUACAUCCACCGAGCUGAUCCCAAACAGAAGGAGGACAGCUACGAGAUCAUCGUCUGUCAUGCUAACGUCAUCCGCUAUUUUGUGUGCAGGGCUCUACAGUUCCCUCCCGAGGGGUGGCUGCGUUUGGGCCUCAAUAACGGCAGCAUCACGUGGCUCACCAUCCGUCCGAGCGGCAGGGUGGGACUGCGGGCGAUGGGCGACUCGGGAUUCAUGCCACCUGAUAAAGUCACCCGCACCUAAUACACCCGACCCGCUUCAGAACCAGAACCAGAACCGUCCAAUCAGAACCGAAUCACAGUCACACGUCCACUAAAAUAAGAAGAAGCACCAGCGUCCUUAUAUAUCAUGAUUCAGUUCUGAUCUGAUUUUGUUUACAUUCAGAUACGAUUCAUGAUUCGUGAUUCUGACUCACUCGAGUCAUUAGGAUUUGGUUCUGAACCACGUGAGUUUAGAUCUUUCUCACGACUUACAUGGUUCAGAGUCAGUUUUGAAGAGUCAGUUAUGAUCUGACUGAUUUGAUUCUGAUUUGAUUCUGAUUCAACAUGGAACCUGUUUUUGGUUGAUGAGGCUCUGACCUCCUCUCUGAUCCGGUUGUGACUCUGAUUCACGUUCACUCUGGCUGUAUCUGUAACCUGAUCUGUUUAUGAUUCAUUUAUAUUUAGUUGUUUUUUUUCUGAUUCUAUUGAACCAGUUUGGAAUUGAAUUGGAUUCUGGUUCUGAUUCGGAACACUGAGCAGGUCCGGCUGCAGAACUCCCAUCAGUAACAGUCAGAAACGUUUAGCUAAUGUGAUGAUUGAUGUGUAUGCUGAUCUGAUCAUGGCUCUGAGCGUUUCUGGCUUUCUGGUGAUGUUCUCAGUCGGUGGUUCCUGCGCUUUAACUCCUGAAGUGUCUUCACGGUGUGUUUGGUGUGUACGGUGUGUUUGGUGUGUACGGUGUGUUGGGUGUGUACGGUGUGUUUGGUGUGUACGGUGUGUUGGGUGUGUACGGUGUAGGUGUGGCGAUGUUUUUGGGCACUAUGUUUGUAUUCUGGAGUAUUUUGGUCUCGUUGGUGAAGCUGGAUCAGAUCUGAAGCUGCUUCCUGAUGCUUCACUCCGUUAUCUGGACCUGCUGAUGAGACGAUGGGACGUUCAUCCUGCUGUAAAGCUCUGAUCAGGGUCUACGUGCGUCCUGAGCCCAGUUUCUGUUUGAUGUAAAAACUCCCAGAAGCCUUUAGGUGGAGGUCUGUCCGUUUCUCAUCUCAGUACUUGAAGCACCAGUUCAUCCCAGCAUCAGGACCAGCGACCUCAGCCUCUUCUGUCCUCCUCACAUGUGCACCACGUGGACAAAAGUAUUGGGACGCCUCCCAUAAAAUCAUGCCAUGUCAAAGCCAGUUUGCAUUAAUGUACAUUAAGCCCCCCAAGGCUACAACCUUCAUUUCUAUGUGAUUUUGGAAGGUGCCUGUGGGAACCUGUGCCCAUUUAGCCACCCAGUUCAUUCCAAAGGUGUUGAACUGAAGGUGAAAGGUCAGGACCUCCAAACCAAACUCAAGUCAAUCGAGCAGCACCUUUAACGACCUGGCACAGUCAUGCUGGAACAGGAAAGGUCCUUCCCUAAACUGUUGCACAAACCUGGAGCCAUGUGUUAUUGUAUAGAAUCAGUGGUGGGUGUGACUGAAACACCUGAAUUCUGAAAGGCGUCCCGAUACUUUAGUCCACAUGGUGCAGCGUCCACAUUGUUGUGUCAUAAUUGAUGGACGUUUAAUGAUUUCACUGAUACCAGCACAUGAAGAGAUCAGAAUGAUUGGGACAGUGUGUGUGUGUACAGCAUGAACAGCAGCAGAAGUUUGUGGACGCUCUCUGAUCACGAUGUUUUUUUAUUGUGAGAAAUAAAUCUGUUCAUCUUCAGAA